GGGAGGGAGCGCGGCGGAGCGAAGCAGCCGGGAGGCCAAAUGUUCGUCCAACGAGAAGGUAGAGUGUGGAUGUGCGGUGGAAAAUUAAAGUGAUCCGUGGGAGUGGAUCUGAUGGCCUCGGUGGAGUUACUUUACAUAGAUAAUAGAGGAGGAAGAUCCAAUCCUCCCGGAGUACUGGACUGGUCUUCUAGCCCUCUUCAUGUUCACAAGCUGAGUUCGCUGGAAGAAGCUUCUUGUGGACAGUGUAAUUCAGCACCAAGGACAGGACAGCAUGGCCAGCACCGCCAUCAUCAGCGCUCAGAGAAGGUCAGAGUGUGCUGCGACGAGGAGCUGGAGACCUCGUUUACUUACGUCGACGAAAACGUCAAUCUCCGGCUGGCGACUCCGGACACAAGCGAGAAAAGUCUUCGUCACGCGACGCCGGCUCUCCACGAUCCCGCGAGCGAAAUCCGUCCCGAUGGGCUUCAGGAGUUAUCGCUGAUAUCCGACAUCGACCUCAGCUCGGAGAGUUCGGGGAAAUCCGUGGAUUACGGAUUCAUUAGCGCGGUCACGUUCCUCAUUACAGGCAUCUCGCUCGUGAUCAUAUCGUACGCGGUCCCGCGGGACGUCAGAGUGAACUCGGACAACGUGUCCGCGCGCGAAAUGGAAAGACUCGAGAACGAGAUCGCAAGGAUAGGCGCGCACCUGGACAUGUGCGUGAUCGCCGGCCUUUGCCUUCUCACCUUGGGCGGCGUGGUGCUGUCCACUUUGCUAAUGAUUUCAAUGUGGAAGGGUGAGAUGUACAGGAGAAAAGCCUUCGCGUAUUCCAAGCACUCCGCAAAGCUCUAUGGCUCUAUUAACUUAAGAACGAGAUCGAGUCCAAGUCGGUCGUCGCCAACACACAGUUUUGUCGAGGAGGAGAAUAGCGAUGCCAUAAGUUGACUGAACUCUCAAGUCAUUUAUCCCUAUAACGUUGACAUUUCCAGCAUGCCUAAAAAAAAAAAAAAAAAAAAAAAAAAAGAA